AUGAAAGGCAACAAACCUUUACACGAGGUGGUGACUGUACAGGGACUACCUCAAAUAUGUGACGCCAAUUCCAGUAUCUCCAGACGUGUAGUCUGGUUCCUCAUCUUGUGUGGUGGACUUUCUUUCACCACCUUCAACAUCUACAAGCAGAUAUCUUUAUAUCUGUCUGUCCCUGUCAACUGUGACUGGGAGUCAGCGCCAUGUGGACAUGACGACUUCAUCUACCAGGAAACUGAUAUGGGGACAUGCUUCACAUAUAACGUCAAUGGUUCUCUGCUUGCUCGUAAUUCCGGACGUGCCAAUGGUCUGCGCCUCUUGCUAAAUGUCCAGGAAGAGGAAUAUACUCGGAGCUCUGAUGGAUACCUUGGAACAGGGUUCAUGGUGGCUGUUCACGCUCCGGAGGUGAUCCCAAUUAUGUCUGCGAUGGGAAUGGCAGUAGCUCCCGGAUCCCAGCACUUUGUUGGCAUAGGAGUGAAGGAGGUGACCGCAAAUGAUGGUGUAGGCGGUUGUGGAGACGGGUUUCUGAAGUACAUCACUCGAAACUAUUCCCGGGAUGCAUGCAAAAUGGAGUGUGAGAUGGAUUUCAUCGUCAGCAUUUGCAACUGCAGGGACUAUACAAAUCCAAAUGACGAUGUUGCAUAUUGCACACCCCAACAGUUUCAGGAAUGUUAUGUCCCAGCUAAAGCUAGAUAUCUGCAGACAGACACUGGCUGUGAAGCUGGAUGUCCUGAGCCAUGCAGCUAUACCAGGUUCAUCACCCAACACUCCAGCUCUCCACUGACCAGGAACUACAUUACUGCGUACACCAAGGCCAAGGGUAAGACUGAAGAGUACUGGCGGAGGAAUCUGGUUAUUCUGGAGAUGUAUCUGAGCUCUAUGACCUACGAACUCACUGAAAAACAGCUGGGGUAUGAGAUCUUGGACCUGUUCUGUGACAUCGGUGGAGCACUGGGUCUGUUGCUUGGUGCCAGCCUGCUGACAGUGUUAGAAGUGUUUGACUUCUUAUGUAUCACUGUCUUCUCCGUAGUGUUUGAAAAGAACAAGGUUCAUAAGAUUGAUCCAAAAGACAACUCCAAAUGA